AUGCCGAGACGUGGAGAGGAGAGGCUGGGAGACAUGUGGACAUCAAUACUGCUUGUGUGGAUUACAUGCGUUCCCAACGCUUCCACUGCCCUCUUUGUUGGCCAUUCCAAUGGUUCGAGAGAUGGGUCCACCGCGGGCCUGCAUGGGCCCGGUGAAGGACAAAGGAUUCUGAGCCGUGCCAAGAGGGGAUGGGUUUGGAAUCAAAUGUUUGUGCUCGAGGAGUUUUCUGGCCCCGAUCCAAUUUUAGUUGGCAGGCUCCAUACAGAUUUGGAUGUAGAUAAAAACAUCAAGUACAUUCUUGCAGGAGAAGGGGCGGGGACCAUCUUUGCCAUCAAUGAAAGGACUGGGGACAUCCAUGCAAUGAAGAGACUGGACCGUGAAGAGAAGGCUGAAUAUACGCUUACGGCACAGGUCAUCAACAGGGACACUAAUGAACCCCUAGAGCCGCCUUCAGAAUUCAUCAUCAAGGUGCAGGACAUCAACGAUAACGCGCCAGAGUUCACUCACGGCCCUUAUCAUGCCACUGUCCCAGAGAUGUCCCAAGUGGGUAGAUCUGUUACCAAGGUAACAGCAACAGACGCAGAUGACCCAGUAUAUGGGAACAGUGCGAAACUGGUGUACAGUAUACUGGAAGGGCAACCAUACUUCUCUAUUGACCCCAACACAGCUGUUAUUAAAAUUGCACUUCACGGGAUGGAUCGAGAAAUGAGAGAAGAAUACCUGGUUGUCAUUCAGGCGAAGGACAUGGGAGGUCACAUGGGAGGUCUGUCAGGGACAGCGACUGUCACAGUUACACUCACGGAUGUCAACGACAACCCACCAAAAUUUUCAAAAAGUAUAUAUGAAUUUUCUAUUCCUGAGGAUCUUGGUCUGGGCAAAGCUGGAGGGAGAGUGAAAGCCAAUGACAGGGAUAUUGGAGAAAAUGCAAGAUCAACAUACAGCAUCAUCGACGGAGAUGAAAAGGACAUUUUUAAGAUAACCACAGAUCCUGAAACACAGGAGGGAAUCCUCCUGCUGAAGAAGCCUCUAGACUUUGAGAGCAAAAAAUCCUAUACCCUCAAAAUUGAAGCAGCCAAUGUGGGGUUUGACCCACAAUUCAGCAGCGGCAGCCCCUUCAGGGACACGGCCACGGUGAGGGUAACGGUGGAGGACUCGGACGAGCCGCCUGUCUUCUCCCUGGCCAGCUACCUGCUACAGGUGCACGAAAACACUGACGUCAAUACAAUCAUUGGACAAGUAUCUGCCCAGGACCCAGAUGCAGCUGCAAGUCCGAUCAGGUACUUCAUUGAUCGCCAUACAGACCUUGAAAGGCAGUUCAAUAUCAAUGUUGAUGAUGGAAAGAUAACUCUGGCCAAACCACUUGACAGGGAGACAGACAUGUGGCACAACAUCACAGUGACAGCUACAGAAGUCAGAAACCACAGUCAGAUCUCUCGGGCUGUCGUCGCAAUUAAGGUGUUAGAUAUAAAUGACAACGCACCAGAGUUUUCCAGUGACAAUGAGGCUUUUCUCUGUGAAAAUGGGAAACCAGGCCAGGUGAUUCAGACUGUCAGCGCCAUUGACAAGGAUGACCAGCGAAAUGGACAUUUUUUCAUCUACAGCCUGGUGCCAGAAAUGUCAAACAAUCCAAAUUUCACAAUAAAAAACAACAUAGACAACUCCAUCAGCGUUGUAGCUAAGCAUGACGCCUUUCGACGGCAGAAGCAGGAGAUGUACUUUCUGCCCAUCGUCAUCAGUGACAAUGGAAACCCUCCAUUGAGCAGCACCAACACACUCACCAUUCGGGUGUGUGGUUGCAGCAAUGACGGCGCUGUGCAGUCCUGCAAUGUUGAAGCCUUUGUUUUGCCUAUUGGAAUAAGCAUGGGAGCUUUGAUAGCUAUUCUUGCUUGUGUGAUCUUACUCUUAGUCAUCAUUGUACUCUACGUGACGCUGCGCAACCACAAAAAUGAACCACUCAUCAUCAAAGACGAAGAGGAUGUUAGAGAGAACAUCAUCCGAUAUGAUGACGAGGGCGGCGGUGAGGAGGACACAGAGGCUUUCGACAUUGCUACACUACAGAACCCUGACGGUGUCAACAGCUACUUGCCACGGAAGGACAUCAAGCCGGACCUGCAGUUCAUUCCUAGACAGGGACAGGAUACCGGCUCCAAUGGAGUUGAUGUGGAUGCUUUUAUCACUGUGCGGCUCCACGAGGCAGACAAUGACCCCACUGCGCCCCCAUAUGACUCUAUUCAGAUCUAUGGUUAUGAGGGGCGUGGCUCUGUGGUUGGCUCCCUAAGCUCCCUGGAGACAAACUCUUCAGACUCAGAGCAGAAUUAUGACUACCUCAGAGACUGGGGUCCACGUUUCAGAAUAUUGGAAGAUCUCUACCUAAUGUCAGAGGGAGACAGGGACACUUGA